AUAGCGGAAGUGUGCAGCAGUGGCAGCAGAGCAGAAGCAGCAUGGCGUACUCGGCGAAAAUCGGACCGUCUAUUUUGAGCAGUGAUCUGUCGCAGCUCGGGACGGAAUGUGAACGAAUGAUGGAGUGCGGUGCUGAUUAUCUGCACCUUGACGUUAUGGAUGGGCAUUUUGUUCCAAACCUCACAUUUGGGCAUCCUAUGGUGGAAUGUUUACGACGCUGUAUCGGACCUGAUCCAUUUUUUGACAUGCAUAUGAUGGUGUCCAGGCCAGAGCAAUGGGUGAAACCCAUGGCAGCAGCUGGAGCCAAUCAGUACACUUUCCAUCUAGAAGCCACUGCCAACCCUGGCAACCUCAUCAAGGAAAUCAGAGAGAGCGGCAUGAAGGUUGGUCUUGCCAUCAAACCUGGAACAACUGUUGAGGAAUUGGCACCGUGGGCUAGGCAGAUCGAUAUGGCUCUUGUCAUGACCGUAGAGCCUGGCUUUGGUGGUCAGAAGUUUAUGGAAGAUAUGAUGCCAAAGGUGAGUUGGCUCAGGAGUCAGUUCCCUUCUCUGGACAUUGAAGUGGAUGGAGGAGUCGGCCCAGACAGCAUCCACAGAUGUGCAGAGGCUGGAGCAAACAUGAUCGUGUCGGGCAGUGCCGUAGUGAGCAGUGACGACCCUCGUUCUGUAAUCGCCCUCCUCAAAAAUGUUGUUAUUGAGGCGAUCCAGAAACGUUCUUUGGACCGCUGAGCAUCUUGACUUUUUACCUCAAGUCUGUUUUCAUCCACCACUGAAAGUCAUUCCUGCAGAUUCUGAGUCAUUUUUAAUGUAUAAAUUUGUUAUUGAAUGCUUUGUAAACGGACAUGACCAAAUGUUGGAUGUGCCGAGGGUGCGUUUGGUUUGCACAUCUACAGACCAUGAGAACUGCCUUUGCAAAGACUCUUAUUUGGAUUCAGCAGUUUUCAGAUGCAUAUGGCCUUUAAGAACUGUGACCAGACAGAAUCUAUCUGUUCUCUCCCCAGUGACAUCAGUUUGACUAUUCCCCUCAUAAUUAACCUCAUUUGGUUUGAUUUUUUU